AUGGCUUCGAGAUUAGGAAUGAGUUGGGGUUUCUUGAGAGAGUUAGGGGAAGCGAGUAUUGGGACUUCCAGAACCGGCAUAUCAGCGUCGACAUUUCUCGGCCGUGGCGUCGCUCUCUGUGCGGUCCUUUUCCGGCGCCAGUUUUGGCGUCUGCGGGCGCGCAUGUACGCCGCCGUGUCGAGUGUCCGCUGCGACAAACUGCCCACGGUAGCUUCCUGGCUCCACCUCAGGAACAACCAUGGCGUCCUGCUCACAGUCGCGCUCUCCUACAUGAUUCUGAUGAAGCUCUCGGGCUCGCGAUCGCGUGUGGCGCUGGUGUGGCGACGUCGGCUGUGCAACAGCACCAUGCGGUACGCGGCAACGUAUGAUGAGUGGGUGCAUUCGGCCAGGAAGCUCGACGAAAUGUCCGAGCAUGUCCAAGAGGCAGAUUUGUACGACGAGGAGCUGAUCAGGAGCAGGCUUAAGGAGCUACGUAGACGGAGGAAGGAGGGGACUCUCUGGGAUAUGAUGUUCUAUAUACGCGGCGAUCUCUUCAGGAACUUCGGGAACAUGUGCAAUCCUGAGCUUCACAAGGGCAGGCUUGAGGUGCCAAGGCUUAUGAAAGAUUUUAUUGACGAGGUCUCCACUCAACUAAGAAUGGUGUGUGAGUCCGAGACGGAUGAGUUAGUUUUCGAAGAGAAGCUUGCCUUUGUUCGCGAAAGCAGGCACGCCUUUGGGAGAACAGCACUACUCUUAAGUGGGGGUGCCUCAUUGGGCUCUUUCCAUAUGGGCGUAGUAAGAACUUUAGUUGAGAAUAAGCUACUACCCCAAAUAAUCGCAGGAUCUAGCGUUGGUUCGAUUAUAUGUUCGAUUGUUGCUACCAGAACAUGGACAGAAUUAGAGAGCUUCUUCGGAGACUCGUCACAGACCUUAAAUGUCUUUGACAAGAGAGAUGGUAUUAUUGCAAUGACGAAACGGGUUAUGACUUGUGGUGCACUGUAUGACAUCAGCAAGCUGCAGAAGCUUUUGAGAGAUCUCACAAGUAACUUAACUUUUCAAGAAGCUUAUGACAGGACUGGCCGUAUCCUUGGGGUUACUGUCUGCUCGGCUAGGAAACAUGAGCCACCGCGUUGCCUCAACUACCUGACGUCACCACAUGUUGUUAUUUGGAGUGCUGUAACUGCAUCUUGUGCAUUCCCUUGCCUGUUUGAAGCUCAGGAAUUGAUGGCAAAGGAUAGAUUUGGCCAUAUAGUUCCCUUCCACACGCCUUUUUCCAUAGAUGCAGAACAUGGUCCUGGAGCAUCAAAGCGUUGGUGGAGGGACGGAAGUUUGGAAAUGGAUUUGCCAAUGAUGCAAUUGAAGGAGUUAUUCAACGUGAAUCAUUUCAUAGUUAGCCAAACAAAUCCUCAUGUAUCUCCAUUCCUCCGAAUGAAGGAGAUCAUCCGAGCUUAUGGAGGUCGCUUGGCCGGAAAGCUCGCUCAUCUUGCUGAAAUGGAGGUGAAGUAUCGAUGUAACCAAGUUCUAGAACUUGGCCUCCCACUGGGAGGAGUUGCCAAGUUCUUUGCUCAGGAUUGGGAAGGUGAUGUCACCAUUGUUAUGCCAGCAACAAUAGCUCAGUAUUUGAAGAUUAUACAAAAUCCUACCAAAGCAGAAUUUCAAAUGGCCGCCAAUCUGGGUCGUAGGUGCACAUGGGAGAAACUAUCGGGGAUAAGAGCGAACUGUGCAAUUGAACUUGCGUUGGAUGAGUCUUGUGCUGUUCUCAACAAAAAACUAAUUCAAAGAAGAAAAACUGCAACCACACAAGCUUCUACUAACAACAAUGCUCAAUUAAGAACAUCAAGGAGGGUACCAACGUGGAGCUACAUCAUCCAAGGGGAUUCUUUAGGGACUCCUUCAUGUAGUCACGUAGGUACUAGGCAGAUUGAUGGCCGACCAAAUAAGCCUCACCAUGUUCCUUGCAACUGA